GCGGCGAUUCGAUUAAACGAUUCCGAACGAUUCGCGCGGCGCACGGAGCGAAUCGCGGACUCUAGUUUUCCGGCGCGGCCGCUCGCGCGAGUGAGGGCGGCAGUAUCGUUUCAACCGUCGGUCCGUGAGGUCGCUUUUGCGGCGUAGUCUGUGAUUUUUAGUGUAGCUCCAGAUAAUCCAAGUUAAUCUACAAUGGCGGAUCAACUAACAGAGGAACAGAUCGCGGAGUUCAAAGAGGCAUUCUCACUGUUCGACAAAGACGGCGAUGGCACCAUCACCACCAAAGAGCUGGGCACCGUCAUGCGCUCGCUAGGACAGAACCCCACAGAAGCCGAACUUCAAGACAUGAUCAACGAAGUGGACGCGGACGGCAACGGCACGAUAGACUUCCCCGAGUUCCUCACGAUGAUGGCGCGUAAAAUGAAGGACACGGACAGCGAGGAGGAGAUCCGCGAAGCGUUCCGCGUCUUUGACAAGGACGGCAACGGGUUCAUCUCCGCCGCGGAAUUGCGCCACGUCAUGACCAACCUCGGAGAGAAGCUCACCGACGAGGAAGUCGACGAGAUGAUCCGCGAGGCCGACAUCGACGGCGACGGCCAGGUCAAUUACGAGGAAUUCGUCACCAUGAUGACGUCGAAGUGAGGCGCCGGCUAGUGUGUGUGUAUAAAGCAGAGAAUUUUAAUAUACAUUUUGUUUCAUGCCACACAAUAUUACCAUCGUAUUGGACCUGCAUUUCUCUAGUGUUUGCGAUAAAUUACUAUUGUCAUCGUUUCAGUUAAGGUAUAUCGGAGGCGCGCGCGCCCUCCCUCGUUAUUUAGACUUUAAAGUAUUCCGUUAAUUUUACUAUGUAAGGAAGAAAACUUCAAGUGUAGCGGUACAUAGGCGAGCGAAUAGUGUGCGUCGCGCUGUGGGGCCGUGUGAGUGCGCUGCUGAGCGGAGGGACCCGCCCGCCCGAGGGCCGACCACCAACUCCAUCUCGUCGAGCAAAAAGACAACGCAACACCGCAAUGGUUCGCUACACGGAACUGUGAGAGUGACAAGUCAGCCCUAUUUCAUGUCGUACGCAUUGUGGACGGUACUAAAUUCCAACCGAAUGACGUCAUUGAAGUUCCUUCCGCUCAGCAUUCUAUAUGGAUAAUAAUGUAAAUUUUUUUCAAGUAUAAGAUAUUUAUAAAAUACGUGAAGAUUAAAAAUUUGAAAAAUCCUUCAAAAAAAAAAAAAAAAAGAAGAUACCGCGACCGUAGCGGGCGGUACGCCGCCGUACAUUACUUAUUGAACGUUUCAACUUAAUUGACUCAGUAAACGAAUACAUUAGAUUAAUUGGUACUGCAUGAAUUAAUAAAUUGUAUCUGUAAAUUACUUGAUAAAUAAUAUUAUAUUUCUAUUGUCGGUGGAGUGCUCCGCUCAGUUAUUCUCUUACCAUUUGAUUAAUUCUGUUAUUAAAUUAUACAAAAGACAUACUGAAAAUAAAUGUUUCUUCAUUUUUAGGUCAAUAAG